GCAAUGCGGGGGACACCACAGAGGGGUCCUUGUAGCCUUCCCUAACAUUAUAGAGCAGCAGCUGAAGCGGUUUUUUCCACACUAGUUUUGUGUGUCACACCGCGUAUUUUUUCUGGCAAACUACCACACAAAGCGAAAGCCACCGAUUUUACCUGCACAAUUGUUGUUAAUCGCUCGACGUAAAUCUCUUUGAAGACAAAGAGUAUAAAGAUGCCUUCAGCGAUGGUUGGCAACAAUGCUGUCAAGUCGGCCAAUCCAGACGUUGGAAUUGUAAAUCAAAGUCAAUCAGAUGCCGUGAAGCAGAUUAUUGGAGUAGCUGACAAAAAGCUUCGCAACAUGGAGAAAAAAAAGUCCAAAUUGGAUGACGACCGAGCAAAGAAGAGCAAAGGUGAAAAACUGAACCAGGAUCAGCUGAUGCCUUCAGCGAUGGUUGGCAACAAUACUGUCCAGUCUGCUAUUCCAGACAUUGGAAACAGAAGUCAAAGUCAGUCAGAUGCCAUGAAGCAGGUUAAUGGAGUGGUUGACAGGAAGCUUUGGAGCAUAGAAAAAAAUAAGAUGCCUUCAGCGAUGGUUGACAACAAUGCUGUCAAGUCAGCCAAUCCAGACGUUGGAAUUGGAAGUCAAAGUCAGUCAGAUGCUGUGAGGCAGAUUAUUGGAGUAGUUGACAAGAAGCUUCGGAACAUGGAGAAAAAAAAGUCCAAAUUGGAUGACUAUCAAGCAAAGAAGAGCAAAGGGGAAAGACUGAACCAGGAUCAGCUGGAGGCCUUGUCAAAGUACCAGGAAAUCCACAACAAUAUUGACUUUGCUCGAGAGCUGCAAAAGACCUUCCUGACGCUUGGCCAAGAGAUUCAAAAGGUAAUGAAGAAAACUGCAAGACGCGAACAGCUGCAGCGAGAGGACAUGGAGCAACAGCGACUAAAGUUGGUUUUGGAGGUGCAAUUUUUAUUGGACCAGUUGGGAGACGACAAUGUCAGGCAGGACCUGAAGCGGCCUGAUGCUUCUGGCACUUCCUUACUCACAGAUGCUGAUCUUGCAUCUCUUGACGAGUUCUACAAACUUGUUGGACCUGAUCGGAACUGUGACAUCAGGUUGAUUGAACAAUACAAAGAUGCCUCGCUGCACUUGUGGGAACUGCUUGAGGGCAGAGACAAGGUCGUGGCAGGAACUUCAUACAAGUCACUCAAGGGCAUUGUGGACAAAUUGCUACAGAGUGGCUAUUUUGACAGAGCACAAAGUAGUCACAAUGGAACAUGUGAAGGAGAAGAGGAGGAGGAGCAGGAAAAACAAAUGGUGGCGGAUGAUUGUAAUGUGGGGCAGCAACCAUCUGAACCUGAAGGAGUAGUUACUGAAAAUCAUCCUGAACCAGUGGAAUUGGAAACCACAGAGUUUAUAAAUAGACAAUUUAUCCCACAAAGCACUUACAGCAGUACACACACAGAACACGAGGAGUGGUCAAUGGAUAUGCAGAUGGUGAAUCCUCUUAAGCCCCAGCCCACUUCCCAGUUGUCACCAGAACAGAGGUCUGCUGUGAAUCAUGUCAGUCCACCUCCGCCGACUGACCCAGUGGUCAGAAAGCAGGUGGUGCAAGAUCUCAUGGCCCAGAUGCAAGGGACAUAUAACUUCAUGCAGGUGACAGACUCAGUGUUGGAUUUUGAUGGCCAGGCCCUUGACCCGGCUAUUGUUUCAGCUCAGCCUAUGAAGCCUCCUGGAAAGACUGUGGACCUGCAACUGUUAGCAUGUGUGUCAUCUCACUCAAAGUCCAGACUUCCUCAGAUAAGUGCAACGACAGGACCAAAGGAACCCUUACAGGCUGCGAUGUCUCCGUCUUCUGAGCAGCCAUCUGCCUCUUGUUCCCUGUCCUCUGGCUUCCCACAUUCCUCCACUGUCUCCCACACUGGAGGCAUAAAUGUGAAUGCAGCAUCCUUCCAGUCAGUGCAAGCGGUAUUUAAUAUGAGCGCACCUGUGGUCCAAGCCGGCAGCCAAGCGAAUGUUCUUAAGCGGUCACAGUUUCCAGAGGAUUAUAGGCAAAGUUUUAGUAGUCAGUCAGAAGCCCCUGUGGACCAGCCUGACAUCCCACAGGAGACUUUACAAUCUGUUGUUGCUGGUUUCCAGCCCCAAGCUCAAAUCUUGCCUUUACCAUUGGAGCAUGAAGACUCACAGCCCAGUACAAGUUUUGGACAGUCAGGCCAGUCCUUCUAUAACAGCAGGGCCAUACCACGGGGCAGCGCAAGGAACACCAGAGGUGCCAUGAACGGCUAUCGAGGCUCUUCUAAUGGAUUUAGAGGGGGAUAUGAAGGUUAUCGCCCUCCCUUUUCUAACCCUCCCAGCAGUGGUUAUGGUCAAAGCCAAUUCAGCACAGGGGCCCGGGACUACUCAAGUAACACCUACCAGAGGGAGGGAUACCAACAAGGUUACAAACGGGGAGCUGGCCAAGGACCUCGAGGAUUGUCUCGCGGUAAUGCUCAGCCAAUGCGAUCCUAGUAACCAUUUAGGAGUUUUGAAUGUGUUCACCCAAAAUCACUUUUAUAAUGUUUCAUUUCUCAACAAUCUUAUUUUAAUUCCCUGCCGGUUUAUCUGAUUGAGCCUGAUUCUGUCUGCCUAUUUCCGCUAAAUGUUUUAAUCCAAAAUGCUGAUUUGUAAUUGUCAGCAAGUCUGUGAUAUUAAACAAAUAGGUAUUCCUGUAAACUUGAAAGGUUUCAUUAAUUUAUUUUUUGUUCAAAAUGCAAAAAAUACCUUGCCACUGUCAAAAUGAUUCCCUGAAUAUUUGUCUUUGGCAUGUGCUGGUUUGUCACUUUUUCUCAUUUUGUAUCCAUGACAAUUUAUUUUUUAACCUACCACCAUCACCUCUUUAUAUGCCGACGUGAUCAUUCAAGACUGUUUGAAUAAAUAAAGCUGUGUUCUAUUACGAGGGAG